AUGACAGAAAGCACGUAUCCUAAUUUGUUGGAAAAUUACCAAGAUGUUGCGUAUUUGCAAGGAAAAGCAAUUCUUGCCUCAACCAUUGAAGUUGUGGACAAAAUCAAUCAUUAUAUAUUGGACCUAAUACAAGGAGAAGAGAAAGAGUAUCUGAGUUUCGAUUCAAUUGAUAGAAGUGAUACAAGUUAUACUGAAGCGUAUGAAGUUCUAACUCCAGAAUUCCUUAGUAAACUAAGAACAUCAGGACUUCCAAAUCAUAGGAUCAAAUUGAAGGUUGGCACCCCUAUUAUGCUAAUGAGGAAUAUGGACCAAGCUGAUGGAUUAUGCAAUGGAACAAGGUUAAUUGUCACAAGGUUAGCAAAUCAUGUCAUUGAGGCAAGAAUUAUGUCUGGAAAGAACAUAGGUAAUCUUUUUUAUAUUCCUCGAAUGUCUAUGUCACCUUCUGAUUCACCGUGGCCCUUUAAGUUGAUUAGGAGACAAUUUCCGAUAAUUGUAUCUUAUGCAAUGACAAUUAAUAAAUCCCAAGGCCAGUCCCUUGAUCGUGUCGGAUUGUAUUUGCCUACUCCUGUUUUUAGUCAUGGACAGUUGUUAUUGUUAUUUGUUGGUUUCUUCAUAGGUGGAGUUCAACUAUCAAAUUUGAUCCAUGUACUGGUUGUUUUUCUCUAUUUACAUGUGGAAUGA